CGUUUCGUGUAUUGGAGAUUCAAGCUCUCGCUUUGCAAAGAGAGGGGAGGGAACGAGUUCGUGCCUUGUGUAGGCAUGGAGACGGGUAUUCUGGUAGUGGAGAAAGUCAGAGGCAAAUCAACAGUCACACGAUGCUUCUCAAAGUAUCCACUCAAAUUCAUCGUACCCAGCAAGGCGGGUUGCUCAAAAACUGAUGCUGUUUGGGUUUACAGCCUUACUUAUGGUGGGGGCAUAGUCUCUGGAGAUUCUAUUUCAUGUACAUUGACCAUUGGAGACGGUUGUACUGCAGCUUUAACAACUCAGGCUUCCACAAAGGUGUACAAAUCAGUGGGAUCAAAGUGCUGCGAACAAUUUUUGGAGGUGAGAAUUGGAAGCGAUGCUCUUUUGGCAGUCAUUCCCGACCCUGUAACAUGCUUUUCUACAGCAAGGUACUCCCAGAAGCAAGUCUUCAGAGUAGCUUCAGAUUCUAGCUUGGUCAUUGUUGAUUGGAUUACCAGUGGGCGUCAUGAAAGAGGUGAAAAAUGGGAUUUUGGACUCUACAAGAGCACCAAUCAAAUCUUCUUGGAAAAAGAUGAGCCUUUAUUUCUGGAUUCGGUAUUGCUAGAGGCAGGAAGUAUUACCAGCAUCGCUGAACGAAUGCAGGAUUACCAAGUUGUUGCAAUGAUCAUAUUCUUGGGUCCCAAGGUGAAGCCUAUUCAAAAUGAAAUACAAGAUGACGUGAAGAGAAUGAUGUCUGAGAGCUUUACAGUCCCUUCCUCUACCUCACGGCACUAUAUGAAAGUGAAUUCUGAUAUGGCUCCAUCAAAACCAGCAUUUAUUGCUUCUUGCAGUACCUUUGGUCCAAAGGGGAUAGGCUUUGUUGUUCGAAUAGCAGCUGUGACAACAGAAUCAGUGUACAAGUUCCUUAAGCAUCAUUUGGCUAGUAUGGAGCCGCUUCUUGGAGCAGCUCCUUAUCGUUGAUGUAUAUAGAAUUGCAUUUUAAAACAAAGUUGUGGCAGUUUAUCCUGAUUGCACUUUGAUGGAA